AACCACUCCCAGCUUCUAUGGUUCAUCAUCAUUUCCCCCCUCGCAUCGCCGCGUAAUUCCUCCCAACCCGACCUCGGCGUCGUCCGAAGCCCAGAAUGGCAUCGAGACCUCCUGCCGAAGGGCGUCCUGAAGUCGGCGAUAUCUUGGUCGUCAUCCACGACUUCCAAGCAAGGAGCUCUGAUGAAUUGAGUCUGGCCAAGGGCGACCGAGUUGAAUUAAUCGAACGAGACGAUGAGUUCGGUGAUGGUUGGUUUUUGGGUCGCCACAUGGUCAAUGGGAAUAAUGGCCUGUUCCCCGAGGUCUAUACAAGGGCAGCUCCCAAAGGUGUCACGGCGCCUGCCAUCGUACCGAAGCCCACUCCAAUCACUUCUAGCCCUCCUCCCUCUAAUGGUACACUCACGGAAUCGUCUCAACCGUUAAAUCCCACUUCCGCACCCGCGCCCGUGCCUGCGCCGCACGCGACACCAAAUCCCAAUCUGACCCCUUCUCUACCCGCCGACCAGAGCCCGGUCACGCUUCCUUUAAGCUCCGCAAAGCAGGAGAGUAGGUCUGUUUCUGCGCCAACAGCACAGCUGGCCCAUAAAUCCCCCGGCCAUGACGCUGCACAUGACACCUCAGCGCACUUUAAUCCAUCAUCAAAUCAGGACAGCCAGGUUCUUCACGAUACCUUGACCGUCAUUAAUGAACAUAUCACCGAUCUACACUCGACCCCACCAAAUGGCACCACGCACCAUGCGACAGAUUCUGGUAGCGAGUAUAGCUCUCAGAUGCAAGACCGGCUUUCAUAUAUUCAGGGUGAAGAAACGGAUGAGGAGGAAGACGCUCCGCAUAGUCGUGCUGAGGUUGAAUCCUGGACUCCUGAUGAUGUAGCCGAGUAUCUGUUCACAAUGGGAGUCGAGAAGAAGCACUGCGAGGUUUUUCGGGAUCAGGAAAUUGCAGGCGAAGUGCUCCUGGGCCUGGAUCAAUCCUCACUUUUUCUAAAGGCUUUCGAUCUCGGCUCUGUGGGGAGGCGCUUGAAGACAUGGCAAAAGAUUAAGGCUCUACAAGAUGAGGUGAACGGAGGUGGUAUUGCCACGCGACGACAAACAUAUGGCAGCGAUGCAGGGUCGGAAGAUUCGAGGGCAACUGGUAGGAGGAGGAGCCGAACCAGCACUCUAACAGGCACGCAGAGGCUUCCACCUAUUGACGAUCGCCCGACAUCCGUGCAUGCCAAACGUCUGUCCCAAACCCCUCGCUUAGAAGCUAUGACACCAAGUGGUCCCAUUUCCCCCAAGGGACCUCUAGAUAGUCCCACCAGGUCGAAUCAUCAGAAGAGGCCAUCAGCAGCUUCUGUGCGGGAUCUUCAUCAUUCACGAAGACAUUCCUCCACCGACUUCAGAAUUACUGUCAACCCUCCUGUCUCUACUGGCGGAACCCCUAAACUCUCCAACUCAGGGACCUUCCCACAGACGGAGACAAAUCAUAAAAAGCAACCGUCUUUUGAUCGAAAUUGGACAAUGGGGGCCGCACCUAUUGCGCAUCCACCUCGCCCAUUGUCUUCAGCGGGCUUCCAGGAUAUAGCCAACGGGUCCGAACCUGACAUCUCCCAAGAUUCUACUGCUGAUCUUGACCGGGGCUAUUUCUCUGGGACAGAUGUGGAUGGACGCCGACGUAACGUGCUUAAGAAGCGCGAUAGUCUCGCUUCUCAUGCUAUACAGUCCAGCUAUGCAGAACAGCAACGGGUCAGGAGUGCAACGGCACUAUCUAGGCGUUCCCGGUACGGCAGUGUUGGUUCGACUCGAGACAUGACCCCUCCAUCGGCUGCACAGAUGUAUUACGGCACCGGUGACGAUCACCGUCGAACCACUUCAACUACGACCACAGAUUCAUAUCGGCCACCUCCACCAGCGAAAGAUGGCCCGUCGCCAACUGUGACCAAACUUGACGGCGCAUAUAGUUCACCUACUACACUAGGUUCUCGGCAGGGAGGCCACGGCGACUGGCUAUCAAAUACUACCGGUAAGCUCACUGGAAUUGGUGGACUUCGGGCUAUAUCUGAUGCCGUCACCGGUUCCGAACGUUUGAAAUUCGGCUCGCCAACUGAAUCCAUCAAGGAUUCGCCAUUGCAAUCGCCGGCUAGGACAGGUUCUACUACUCCUUCGGGCGGACCUAGCUUUGAUCUAGAAUCUCCCGACGCUGGAAAGAGCCCCUACUCCACCACAACGGCCAGCAGUCGAAAGAGCGGGAAGAAGACAAAGAAAGAGACAAGCGCGUAUUUACGCGGCCUGCAGAAAGUUGGCCCUAGAGAGGCAAUGAAAGAUGCAGACUAUAGUGGAUGGAUGAAAAAGAAGAACUCGCACCUUAUGACGACUUGGAAACCACGCCUCUUCGUUCUGAGAGGAAGACGACUUUCAUACUAUUACUCAGAAGAUGAUACCGAGGAGAAGGGUUUGAUUGAUAUAUCCUUCCAUCGAGUGCUACCAGCUGAUAAUGAACGUUUGACUGGUCUGCAUGCGACCUUGACUGGUGCUAGCAACACCCCAAUGACGCCUGCUGACAGCAAUCUUCACACCCUUGCUGAGAGUGAUGCGGCGGCAGCGGCAGUUAUCGAGAAAGGGACUGAUUCAAUGUUCAUAUUCAAGCUUGUGCCGCCCCGAGCAGGCCUUUCCAAGGCUGUCAACUUUACCAAGCCAACAGUGCACUACUUUGCAGUACCCAAUCUCCAGCAGGGGCGGGCUUGGAUGGCGGCGUUAAUGAAGGCAACAAUCGAUCGUGAUGAAAGUCAGCCCAUGACUUCUACAUACCAACAAAAGACAAUUUCUCUCGCCAAGGCAAGGCAGAUGCGUCACCGGCCACCGGCCCUGAUGAAUCUCGACGAAAAAUUAGAAGAGAGCACGCAAGGCGACGACGAAAAGAAAGGUGGCUUAGGCAUUACUUUUGGCGAGGUCGACAGUGCGGUGUCCGGCAUAGAGAAGUCAGGAACCCAGAAACCAGCAGGAAGCGCUACAACCCUCAAAUCGUCCUUUAACCACGAACCAAGCGACUUGUCCUUUACGUCGUCACCCCAAAGCGCCUGAUCUGUAAUUCUGUUCUGGGAUGAACCCGGGCUUGCCACCUCUUCGACCAACUUCCAAUAUAGCAUUGAUGGCACACGAUACAACGCCAACUACA